AUGACGAAAAGCGACGGCCAAAUCUGGAACUGUAACAAAGAGAAGGAGAUGAUUUCCGUAUCCGAGAGCAUAAAAGCUUCAAACUUCAUCGCCAUCGACACAGAAUUUCCCGGCUACCUGAAGCAGACUCCGAUCAACGCUUCCGAUGAAACCAGAUACAGCGACAUGAAAAUCAUCGGAACUUGGGAAGUCAAUUUCUCAGAUUUCGACGAGACAAAAGACGCCCAAAACGACAAGUCGAUCGAGUUUCUGAGACGCAACGGACUGAAUCUGGAGAAAAUCAGAGACCAAGGAGUGCGUAUCGACGAGUUCUUCACAGAGUUUUCUCAGAUCCUGAAGAAGAAGAAGAUGACGUGGGUCACUUUCGAUGGCUCGUACGACAUGGCGUACUUACUUAGAGCCGUAACCGGAAACCCACUGCCGGAAAAUUCACAAGGAUUCGAGAAAACGGUCUCAAACGUGUUUGGUGACCACUUGGAUGUGAAGAAGCUGUCGGGUAUGUGCAAGGGAUUGAGCAGCCGUUUCGGCUUGCAGAGAGUGGCUAACGAGCUUGAGAUCAGGCGCGUGGGAGAAGCCCAUCACGCUGGUUCGGAUAGCGAGCUCACAGCUAAAGUGUUCACAAAGAUGGCUCUCGCUAUAUAUCGGGCACAGGAACAACAGAGAAAACGUGUUAGGGAAGAACAUGAGGAGCAAGAUCGUAUGGUCAAGGCAAGAUGCUUUCUUCCCUUAUAUCCACCAAGACCGGUGAUGAUGUUUGCUGCUUACCCGUCUUUUGGUUGCUUCCCUCCAGUUCCUGUCAUGAGAAUGAGAUGA